CCGAAAUUUGCUCAUGAGUUGAUGUCAAAUCCUCCAGAGCAGACGUAUUACGAUAUACUAAACGUGCAAGGUGGCAAGGGGGACGGCGCCGUGGGAGCUUUGCCAAGCUAGCAUGAGCCAAGGUGUGGCAGCUUCCAAGUACUACUAGGUAGUUGCGACCACUACCUAAUCUACUCAUUGACGUAGACCGCGCCUCCGACCAAGCUAGUCUGACAAGACUUUGACCGGCCACUCAAAAAGGAACUGAAGGUGGAGUAGCUUCAUUUGCUAGUCCCUCGUUUGCCCCAGCCAAGCCCCCUGCUUUGCUUCCUCUUUGGCGGCUACACAAUGCAAGCUAAGUCAACCUGCCAGCUAGUACUACUGCGGCAACAGGCUUAUCCUUGUAACUCUUUGUGCUGUCUUUUGAUCUCUCCACAUUGAGCUUUGGCGGCGCGCUGCAGCCAGCUUCUGAAUUUUUGAAAUGGCUUCUCCCUUGGAUGUCAUUCCCCCCCGCCGCUGGGCCUUCCUCUGGUUCGCCCUCCUAUUGGCUGGUUAUUGCGUCUACUGCGGCCUGCUUAUCGCGCGCGCUUACAAGCUCCAGAAGUUCCCCCUAGUUGUGUCGCAAGUUGACACCACAGUGCCCAUCCGCAUGCCGUACGUAGCCCUCUGCGCUGACGCCGGUAGUCAGUUCACUUAUGAUACGAGCCCGUGCAUCCAGCCUGAGUUCUACAUCUGCCAGGUGGCGCAGCGCUUAUUGGUCAGCUCGCCAAACCCCCCAUUUCGUUUUGGGGGUGUAAAUUAUUCUGCUGCUGAACAGUGGUUCAAGCCCUGCCCGGGGAGGGACUCCGAAGGCACCCUGCCCUUCAGUCAGAACGGAGACGAGUAUUACUCCAACUGCGUUUGGGAACCUCUUCCGGAGCUGGGGUUCUUCUGCAUGGGGUUUGACUUAACCGCGCUCAGCCUUGACCCGGCUAAAGAGAAGGACAAAGCCAGUCUCAAGGUGGCGGCCACCCUGCAAAUGGACUUUUACUCCAUCAAUAACCCGACGAACAAACCCUGGACGUGUACGAGCUCGUUCUGCCCGAAGCUCACGGCCUGGCUGGGGGCCAGCCGUGCUGACGUCAUCACGGUGGCGCGCCAGGGCCUGCAGGGGGGCGACUUGGGACUCAAAGUGUCAAAAACGGAGGCGGGGGUUCGCCAUAUGUACAUCUUUCCACAUGCCUGGACAACGAUGAAGCUCCAGCCGAUCGGGAAAAAGUUCCUCAGCGGGUUGCAGACGUACGGGUUUGCGCAGCCGACGCUGACUUCUCAGCAGAGGGUUGACCUCAACAACAACACGGCUUUCCAGAUUCUGAUGGAGCUCCCGGAUGAGGGGGUUCUGUACGAGGUGGAACAGACCCCCUGGCUGCCACUGUUCUCGCAGUUGUCGGGGUCGUGGGUUAUUCGCCUAGCUCCCCCUCUGUUUGAUGUGUUUUCGAGGAGCUUCGUCCAAUAA